AAAAGUAUCGGGUUACUCUACGCAGAAAAACACAAAUCUACCUGGCCAGGUUUUUCUCGGAAGGAAGUUUUCACCUGCGUUUGACUCAGAAACACACUUAUCUUGAGCAGAAUGAAGCGGUUUGGAGUUGUUCGUAUGAUCGUGCUGUUAUUUUUCAGUGCAGUUCAUGCGACCACGGAUCCCUGCCAAAACUACGGCGUUAUAAACCAAGCGAGACGCAGCAGUGCAGCGGAGACAGACGACCCUGACCUGGACAUCUGUGACAUCUACCUGGACCCGGGCUGGUACCGAUUCACCAGCUACACCGGCGGGGUGAUCCCUACCAGCUGUGUCCAGCCGUACCACUGUAGUACACAAGUACCGGUGUGGAUGAACGGUACCUUACCACAGGGGGACGACAUAGUGAUCAGGACGGCAUGUGGGAAUCUGGGAGUCCCGUCGGACUGUUGUACGAUCCCGUUUGAUAUAAGAGUGAAACGGUGUACAGAGCCUGGAGGGGCGUUCUACGUGUAUGAGCUGCAACCUACAUACUCCUGUCCCAUGGCGUACUGUGCUGGAAACCUUCCGCUAUGUCCAGACGGAGAAGUCUAUGACGACUUCCACAAGCAUUGUAUCGAGACCCGGCCUGUAGUACCGUGUGAUUUUGAGCGCCAUGGGUUUUGUGAGUGGCUGCAGGAGAGAAAUGACGACCUGAACUGGGCCAAGACAACCGGAGAACACUCAUCAGGGUCCGUUCUACCAGGGGUGGAUCACACCAAAGAAACCGCUGCAGGAAGUUACGCGUUCAUCCAGUCUACGGCAAGCAACCAACCAGGAGACACGGCUCGCUUUAUCAGCCCAGUCAUCGUGCCGUCUGAAACGGACACGUGCAACAUCAACUUCUAUUAUCAAGUGGAUGGCUCAGAGGCUGGUAUGCUCCGGAUCUACAAGAAGGGUUACCAUAGCAACAGGAGGUCCCUGGUCUGGACAAGUCCCCUGAACAGGGUUAACACUUGGACUGCAACAGUCGUGUCUCUUGUACAUGCAAAUCCAUUUCAGGUUAUCAUUGAAGGGACACUAGGGAGUGAUGGACAAUCAGCUGUUUCCUUGGAUGACGUCUCGUUUUCUCCUGGAUGUUCCAGUGAUGUUGACGGAGCCGUACGACUGGUAGAUGGCGCCAUGUUUGGGGAGGGGCGGGUGGAGAUCUACUACGACCACGAGUGGGGCACAAUCUGCAACAGGAGCUGGACUCAGACCAACGGGGACGUCAUCUGCUCCCAGCUCGGGUACACGAGCGCCCUCCCCCGGAGCCAGCAGUACCCUGCACCGGCCUCCACUCCCAUCCACCUGGAUGAAGUCUCGUGCAGCUCGGCAAACGUGACGAAGAUCUCGUCCUGUAGUCACAGUAGGUGGGGCCACUACCACCCGCACUGUGACCAUCAGAAGGACGUGUCGGUGGCUUGUACGGGACAGUGGCACAGGUGCAGGGAUACCGAAUUUACCUGCUCCAACACCAUCUGUGUCCCUCCUGAGGUGCGCUGUGACUUCACCAAUGACUGCGGAGACAACAGUGAUGAACAGGGCUGUGGUGAGUAUCCGGGAAGAUGUGAUUUCCAGGACGGCUUGUGUAGCUGGGUGCAGGCGGUAUCCGACAGCGCGGACUGGGUCCGGACAGACGGCGGCACCACCUCAUCAACUGAAGCACCACCUACCGAUCAUCGGACUAGAACAGGUGGAAAAUACCUACUGCUUGAAGCUCCAUCUACAGGCCGGACCCGAAAUGCUGUCUUGACUCUUUCAGAAUACUAUUUGUCCACUGCAGAAGACUGCAAGGUUUUCUUCCACUACUUCAUGACAACGAGAUCUGGCCAACUGAGCCUCCGACUAGCAACAAGGCGGUAUCUGGAUAGGCCUGCUGGGAUGAUAAUGACGUCACCGCUAGGGAGACGCUGGGUCCGAGAGGAGAUGGUGGUUCCGAUCAACACAACGUUUCAGGUGUCAUUUGAAGGACAGAUAGAACCAUCAUCAGGGGUCAUCGCCAUUGACGACAUCUCUCUGACCCCCAGCUGUGUCAAAGUUCAAGUGGACUCAACCAGAGACGACCCCAAAGCUGCGCCACAAGAAAGCGGACUUCCCCCGCCCACGAUAGCGGCCAUCGCUGUGGUUUGUUUUGUCGUCCCUUUGGGGUUGAUUGUGGCUGCUGUUAGUCUGUGCUACCUCAGGAGAAAGAACAGUGCCAAUGAGCUAAGAGAAGCAGUUCACGAGUUAGAACAGCGAAGCGGACACGACAACCCGUGCAUAGAGCAUCAUUACGACCACUUAAACAUACACCAAACAGGGCAACAUGCACAAGCAGCCCAGGCUAACGGCGCAGCAGUUACGUUUCAAAACUUGCAGAGAUUCCAAAGAGCAAAUGGAAUCCAGAAACAAACACAAAUGCCGCCGGUCGGUGCCUCAAGCGAUGAAAAGUCCGUUCCCGAGGGCCUCACUGUCAACAUGGACUCUUCCGGGUACGCCUUUCUACAGAAGAGCACCGUGUGUUCCCCCUACACAACUGACGCGACAUACACAGAUCCUGCCCUGUGCCGUUUCCUGAAACAUCACGUGUUCUCCGAGUUUACGGACAUGUUCACGGACAAAGGGCUGACCCUGUCAUUCCUCCACUCCGCAUCGGAAAAAGACCUGAUCAACUUCGGCAUCCCGAUCGCCAUCGCCGUCGCCGUUCUGAAGAAGCUACACGAACAGCCCAGUAGUGAGAACGAGUACACCUCUCUGAACGUAGGCGCGGCUUCCGGACAGCCAGCUAUUAAACCUAUAACUAACGUACACGUGUAAAAUACAUGACUUGUACACCGUUGUGUGAUACUGCAACUGUUGACUGUACUGGACGUAUCAGGAGCGGUAAUAUAAGAAUUACAGAGAAAUAUAGGUCGUAUCCUGGUUUGAUUUCUAUCAUGAUAUAUGUUGUAUUACUCUACUACUUUCACAGUAAACAAGGCCGAGUAUGUUAUACUAAUAACGUUAUUGCAUAGAAGUCUAUAGUUUGUCACUGAGUACACUGUACAGAGCAGACAUUAGACAUAGAAGCACUUUUGAUGAAAUAUGUACACGCAUUGUCGUUGAUGGCACCCACAUGAUUGAUUGUAAUGUUUAUGACAAAGGUGAUCCGUGAUUGUACAUGUGAUGUUGUUUAAAACACUUGUUUUUGUGUCAUAUUGGUUAUGAUAGAGUUUGCAGGCAACAGACAGUCUCUAAAAGUUCUUUUGUGUUAGUCGUUUCCGAUAUGGUUUGUCAUUGUAUGUGUAUAUCAUUCCAGCAUUGUCUAAUCUAGCUAUGUCCAU